GUCUGUCGCAUAACAUAUGUCACUUGAUUCAUUUUGUGUGUGUUCUGCAUGUCGGUCAUGUUUAUAGUCAUAUGUAAUUCACAUUUUCUACGCGUAUUUUUCUUGCUCUACUCCAGUGAAUGCAGUACAUUUACGUUGGAAGGGGACGAAUGAACACCGUCGACUCGGCAUAAGCAGUUGAAAUGGCAUUGUUGCUGAAACACAAUUGGAUAGAAUUAUUGAAGUUGAGAUAUUUAACAAACUUCGUGUCGCUGUUACUUCUUCUAACGCACUUUGAAAGAGGCAGAAGCCAAUUGAAAAUUGAAGAUGAAUCAGUCGAUUACGACGGAGGUCAAGAUGGUUUGAGUAAAUUGCGCUGCAAAGUGGUUGGACUUGGUAAAAAGACGUAUGAGUGGUACCACAAUAGAACGAAAAUUGAUGGCAUUCGCUAUAAGUUACCCGGAUUUCUUAGUUUUGACAGCGAUACGCUGACAUUUCACAAAAUUAACAAUAGAAAAUACGAAGGCAACUAUCAGCUGUUUGUGACGUCAGAUUUUGGGAGAAUAUUUUGCAGGAAAAUGAAAGUAAAGUUCAAAGUUGCUGGUGAGUUUGCAUCUGGUCCCCUUGCUGCUGAUAUUCGUGACGUUACCGUUGGUAAACCUUUUCAAAUAAAUUGUCCAAAGCAUUCAUAUAUGAGAGGCUGCGUGUACAACUGGGGAAAAAGUAAUGCCUUUGGAAUGAAACAUCUUAAAAGAUAUCAAAAUCGCGUUAUUUUGUCAAAUGGUACUUUGCUUUUCUCUGCAAUCACGCAAAGAGACGUCGAUGAUUUCUCCAAAGACGAUUAUCAAUGCAUAGUUGAUUGUUGGUUUGGUAAUUUUCACUCAAUGUCCAGAUCCCAUUCUGUUUAUUUAAACAAAAGAGCAGUAAAUGUAUCCAAGUUCGGUCCAAAGAUUGUAACACGAAUUCCUCAUAGAGAAGUCUUGUUAGGAACAGAUUAUGUUCAUGUCACGUGUGCAGCUGAAGGAAGCCCGCCGCCUUCAUAUCGAUGGGUAAAAUAUGGCAAAGCUGAUGAGAGGUUUGACGUCAGAAACACACGUGACAUGAAACUUGGCAAAUUCAACCAUACACUAACUAUAAGCAACAUUAAUAAAAAGCACAACGGAACCUAUGGCUGUGUGGCAACCAUUGAAGGUCGUUCCGUGAUGCAAACCUGGCGACUUCUUGUACGAGAGAAACCAUCGUGGCUACCUGAUGGAAAAAUAAUGGACAUGGAAGUAAACGUGUUUUCAAAUUUUUUCUGGGAUUGUAAAGCUCGUGGGAACCCUGUCCCAGAGUACAUUUGGUUUAGUAAUGCCUCUGAAAUGGUAUCAUCGAGUGGAAAGUUUGUAAUCGAUCAAGGGAAACUUGAAUUCACUCGUGUUUUACUGAGUGAUAUGGGAAUGUACCAAUGUGUGGCUAGAAAUAAAUUUGGUGAAAUCUAUCAAACAGUAGCACUAAUUGUACGAGCGAGAAAACCGGAAUUCAACGAGUCCUUCGUGGAUGCGCUGUUUCUUGUGAAUUCAAGCGCAACACUUAAAUGUCGAUCAAAUGCAAUUCCUCGCGCUGUUCAUACUUGGACAAAGAGUGGCACAUCAAUUCGUCUAAGCAGGAAAUACCAAAUGAAAAGCAAUGGGGAGCUCUUAAUAAUAAACUCUAUUCAAGAGUUGGAUGCUGCUGUCUAUAAGUGCACUGCCGAAAACGUAUUUGGUGAAGCAGAGCUCAAAAUAAAUGUUUCUGUUGAGAGUUUUAAUUUCGUGAAGAGACCCGAAAGCAAUUUCAACAUGAAAAAAGGACGAUCGUUUUCCUUGUUUUGCGAAGUCAACACUUCAAGACAGAUUCGAUACAAAUGGACAUUCAAUUCAGGCAAUUUGAAAUACGAUGCUGGUCACGUUUGGCUAAAAAGUAUGAACAGAUUACUAAUCCAGAAUUCAAAGGAAAGUGAUAGCGGCCGUUAUGAAUGCGUGGCGUACAUUGAAAAACCAAAUGUCAUAAAGCGAAGUGCUUUCGCAGACAUCGCAGUAGUUGGUCCACCCGAUCCUCUCGAUGGAUUUCGGUUAAAAGGUGGUUGCAACAACAACACAGCUUUGCUAACAUGGCACAACCAUUCCUUGUAUAAAGAUUAUGAAGUUUUCGUUAAGCUACAAUGGCAAAGAACAGAAUGUAUGAAUGGCUGGCAUACAGUUGCUAAAGAAGUGAGCGCUAGAGACGGUCGGGUUAUCGUUGAAGGACUUCCAAACUGGUCAAAAAUUCAGUUUAAAGCAUAUGCGAGAAACAAACACGGCUUUAGUCCGGCUAGCAAUUUGCCAAAUUCUGACAGUUGUGUUACAUCACCUUCUCGUCCUGUUAAAUGUCCAGAGAAUAUUGUUUUCCAAGAAGGCAGUCCUGGAGUUCUGCUUUUGAAAUGGAAGACAAUGAACGUCAGUGAUUAUAAUGGGCCUGGUUUUAAUUUCAUUGUCAAAUACAAGCGUCCUCAGGAUUCAUCUUGGUCGACGAAAGUUUUAGAAAAAACAGCAGAUCAGAUUACCAUUCUCAGCAAACAAGUCAAACAAUUGUGGAAUUUUUCCCUGCAAACAAAUAAUAGCGAAGGACUUGGUCCAGUGUGUCUGGAAAACAGUUCAUUCUCUGGACAAUCUGUGCCAGGUCGCAUUUCACAAAUCACAGUGAAAGAGAUUGCAACAUCAAGUGUCUUGCUUAUUUGGCCACCACCUUUGUCUGAUCAUUGGAAUAUUGAUGGAUACAUUUUAGAGUACAGUGAGUUGGGUAAAAUGAUGCAGAAAAAAAAGCGAAGCAGCUCUUAUUGUUAUGACAUCAUGACAAGUCCAUGUUCCAGACUGGCCUUACCAGGACAUUUAAAUGAAUACAGACUGAACAGUCUAAGCUCAUCAACGUCAUAUAAUGUAUCCAUGAAAGCAUACAACAGCCAAGGAAAAGGGUUACCAUUCUAUACAAUAUUCAAAACAACAUAUCUAACAUUGGGUGAAAGUAGAAGCAAGAAAGAGUACAGACAAAAUUGGUUUUAUGUCAUUAUUAUUACCACAACAGUUCUCAUGAUUAUUGUUGGUUUUAUUGUCUGCAUCUUGAAUGUUCGACGAUCAGAUAGUUAUAAAGUUGGCAAACGCGAACGGAAGAAAGGAGGUUUUCUCAAUCUAUACGACAGUCGCUUAGAUUUCGAUAAAAAGUUUCAAUUGUGUGAAAAGAUACACAAAUCACGAAAUUCCAGGCUGCCUAGAAACUUACCACGUCACCAUAUAGAAACACGUAAUCAAUUGCAAAGACACGAGGCAAGAGCACAACAUACUGAUACAAGUUGUUAUGAAAUAAAGAAAACAUUUAAACAGUUUUGAGAUUCUGUUUUAAGAAGCAACGUCAUUCUGAUCAGGGAGAAAAUCAUCAGUACGGCAGUACAUAUAGGUAUGUUUACUAGUUUUGUAAAAAUUUUGUAAAGUAUUUAAUUUAUUAUAUGCAUACAAGCGA